GUUUUUUACUCCAACAAUUAAUUACCUUACUUCCAGGGGCCAUAAUCUACACAUUGUGUGCAUCUCAACUGGUAAUGCAGAUGGCAUGGGAAACAUCAAGAAAGAAGAGCUCUAUCAGGCUUCUUCAGUCCUCAAGGUUCCACUCCAACAAGUGAAGAUCCUGGACCAUCCAGAUUUGCAGGAUGGUUUUGGCAAAGUAUGGAGGUGUGAUUUAUUGGCAAGAAUAAUUGAAGAGGAAAUUCUUAGUCAUGCCAUCGAUUUGAUUAUUACUCUUGAUAACUAUGGUGUUUCUGGUCAUUGUAACCAUCGUGACGUCAAUCAAGGGAUACGGUAAGUUGAUUUUUGUUUUAUUUUACUUACUUUAUUUUGAAUUGCACUCAAUCAAUUUCUUGAUUUCCUAUGUUCAAAGAAAUUUAUAUCAAUUUAUAUCUCCAAGUGAGUGCCUAUAUCAAUUUCUUUAUUUUUAUAUCAUGCGCUUGCAGUGCAUUCACCCCGUCAUAUAAAAAUAGCCAAAAGAUCCUCAUGUGGUUUUGGAAAUUUUGCACUUUACCUCCUUACUCUGAAAAAUUCCAUCCACAAUAACAGAAAGUGUGUUAUACUCACUCACUUGGAGAGUUUGACAUAAAAAA